GCCUCAUGCCAAUAUGGGGCUGAGUAGGUAUGGCGUGCCAUAGUUUUCGUAUUGAACUCCGCUGUUUGGACUGUAGACGAGAGCAACAGUCGGAACUGUGAAAGCAAUUCAUCUUAUAUAAAUCGCCUUCUUCUCCUUUACAGCAGCUACUAGAUCAUCAGCAUCUACUCAAGUUUCUCCUACAACCAAAUCACUGCAAUAUCCUCUUUUAGUCACACAACACUUACCCUUCCAACAUGGCACGAGUCUGGUUCAUCACUGGUUCCUCUCGAGGAGUUGGCCGCGCGCUGGUCGAGAAAGUCCUUGAGUCGGGCGAUAUCGUCGUCGCAACUGCUCGCAACCCAUCUCAACUCGAUGACAUCGUCGCGAAAUAUGGAUCCGAUAAGAUCCUCGCAACCGCUCUUGAUGUAACAGACUUCGACCAAGCCAACAAGGCAGCUAAGGAAGCCAUUGAAAAGUUUGGCCGCAUCGACGUGGUCGUCAAUAACGCCGGCUACGCAGACAUGGCAUCCAUCGAAGAUGCAGAUAUAAAAGGCUUCCGCGAGCAGGUUGACGUCAACCUUUUCGGGGUCGUCAAUGUUACAAAAGCCAUCGUGCCUAUCAUGCGCAAACAAAAGUCCGGCCACGUUAUUCAAGUCUCAAGUGUCGGAGGCCGCGUCGGUACACCCGGAGCAGCCGCUUACCAGAGUGCCAAAUGGGCUGUUGGAGGAUUUUCAACUGUUCUGUCGCAGGAGGUGGCCCCCUUCGGUAUCAAGGUUACAGUCGCCGAGCCAGGUGGCAUCAAGACUGAGUGGGCUACCACUGCCACUGAGACGGCCAAGGUCAGCGAGCCUUAUCAGCAGACUGUCGGCCAGAUGAUUCAGCUGGUCAAGGGACACUCAGAGUGGACGGAGGCUUCUGAGAUAGCUAGAGCUAUUAUUCACCUUUCGAAUGUGGAGGAGCCCCCACUGAGAAUCAUCCUGGGCAAGGACGCGCUCCAAUAUGCUCAUAUGGCGGCCAAGGCUCUUGCUGACUCUGACGAGAAGUGGGACAAUGUCUCAAAGCUGGAAUUCUGAUAUUACAGUUGUGAGAAAGCGAUGCUUGGACAGACAAUGCUAAAUCCUUUUGUAUAAUAGUUGAUGAAUU